AUGUCACUCAAUUCAGAAUCCCGACUAAAUAUAAGCGAAGCAUUCCAAGCCAAAGUAGACGAAUGGGUUUUAAGCAAUUGUACCCGGACCGACGACGGCUCGAUCCUGGUUAAUGAGAAUAAGCGGAAGAUCAUCAAGCAUCCCGAGACAGGGAAUUGGAUUCAUUGCGCUCGAAGGGCUGGGAAGAAGUCGCAUCCAUCUAACACCUCGUUGGAUAUACCGCUUCGUAACAUCUUUCGUCGUGCCGGCGAUACUUCUCAGAAUACCUCUAUGAGCAGUCCAAGACUAUCGGCUUGGGGGUUCAAUUCUGAACGACCUACAUCAUCAAUCCGACAACGAUACUUUGCCACUCCUACUCUUUCGACCGAUUCACCGAGUAAAUAUCAAAGUACUGCAAGUACUGCUUCGAAACAUAUUCCCAAUAGCCCUGUCCUAUCUCUCGUGUUGGAUCAAGACCAAGAAAAAGUCAGGCUCAGAAUUCCGGAAGAAGUUGGAGAGGAAUCGUCAGCGUACAUCGUGGAGAAUGACGAUGACAUUUCCAGAGAAGAAGAUAUCCACCCAAGCGACGUAAAGCCAACGACUGCUGGGUCAACAUGUUCGAAAUGGUACGAAACCAGUGAAAGCUACAUAUCAUCCUUCUUCCCAUCGUUGACCAGCUCAGCCACGGAGGAGAAAUCUUAUGUAUCUUCAGCUAUAGAAGGUGGUGGAUCCUUAUAUGCUACUGGAACUUCAUUAGCCUCUCAAGCUUCAGCGGCUGUGCGAUCCGGAAGAAAUAGAUUGGCGAAUGGGCUGAAAAGUUUUGCUAGAUCUCUACACCCCCCCGACAGUGAUAGGUAG